AUGUUUUCGAUGUUAGUUCAUGGUUUACAGUCCAUAUUUCCUCGGCAAUCGAGGUGUAUGAAUGCGGCCCUUUUUCAUUUUUCGGCUGUCUGCAAAGCCGAAGAUGUGGUCAGUGUGCAAAAGGCUAAGAUAAGCAAAGCAAUGAAAGCUUACUUGGAGCGUGCUAAAGAACACGAAAGUUGUAUGGAAACUGCGCGGUUAGAAUAUCAGCUGGGUAAGCGACAUUUAGCCAACAUGAUAGGAGCGGACGUAGAAAACUUCACUCAGCAGGACAUCGAUCAGGCGGUGCAAUAUUUAUUCCCAUCCGGUCUGUACGAUCCAGCGGCAAGACCCACUAUGAAACCACCGGAAGAAUUCAUUCCCAAAACGAAGGGAGCCGAAUUCGAUGAGACGGGUCGACCGUUUCACACAUUGUUCUACACUGGCAGGCCUAAUUUCUUUCAACUGCUGUUUGACAUUGUUGAAAAUAUUAACAAGCUAAACGCGCUGGAAGAUGCAACCAGACUCAAAGGCAAAUCGUUGGAAUCGGCGGGGAAGGCAUUAGACACAACAGGCUCUGAAUGGUUGCCUAAAGAAUUGUUGGAAAAGAAAAUUGUCGAAACUAUUUCUGACAUUGAGUAUGAAAACUUUGUCAGUGCUAUGAACCGUCUCGUGAGCCAUCCACUGUCUGAGCGUGUCAAAGGGUUUUUAAUCGAAUAUAGGAAACCUCUAAUUUCCAAGCUCGAAAAUGAUACCAUACCUACACCACUACAUGAUACCGACGGUCGCCAGUAUGUGACGAUAUACGAGUGUCUUCGUAAAACUGCACGGGCAGACGUGACUGUUAAAUUUCCUGGUUCCGGAAAAAUUGAAGUGAAUGGACAGGAUUUACGCAGUGUAGGAAAUGUACAGCAGCGUGAACAGGUUCUUUUCCCUCUAUUGUUUACCAACAUGAACGGGAGAGUUGAUAUUUCAGCCAACGUUUCCGGCGGCGGACCCUCAUCACAGGCAGGUGCUGUACGAUGGGGCAUUGCGAUGGCAUUACGCAGUUUUGUGGAUGCUGAGCAAAUUGCUCGUAUGCGAGUUGCUGGUCUAUUGACUCGCGACUAUCGUCGGCGAGAACGCAAGAAGCCGGGACAGGCAGGUGCACGCAGGAAAUACACAUGGAAAAAACGUUAA